AUGGACAGAGCGGCGCUCCUGGCCCUGCCCAGCGUUUGUGCGCUGUGGGCAGCUGUGCUCUCGCUGUUCCCCUGUGGAACCCAGGGCAACUGGAUGUGGCUGGGCAUUGCCUCCUUUGGGGUACCGGAGAAGCUGGGCUGCGCUGGCUUGCCUCUGAACAGCCGCCAGAAGGAGCUGUGCAAGAGGAAACCGUACCUGCUGCCUAGCAUCAGAGAGGGCGCCCGGCUGGGCAUUCAGGAGUGCAGGAGCCAGUUCCGACACGAGCGGUGGAACUGUAUGGUCGCCACCGCCACCUCCGCCCCGCUCGCCACCAGCCCCCUCUUUGGCUAUGAGCUUAGUAGCGGCACCAAGGAGACAGCAUUCAUUUACGCCGUUAUGGCUGCAGGCCUGGUGCACUCGGUCACCAGGUCAUGCAGUGCUGGAAACAUGACGGAAUGUUCCUGCGACAGCACUUUGCAAAAUGGUGGCUCUCCAAGCGAAGGCUGGCAUUGGGGGGGAUGCUCUGAUGAUGUCCAGUACGGCAUGUGGUUCAGCAGAAAGUUUCUAGAUUUCCCCAUCAGGAACACCACAGGACAAGAAAGCAAAGUGCUCCUAGCCAUGAAUCUACACAACAACGAAGCAGGAAGGCAGGCUGUCGCCAAGUUAAUGUCUGUCGACUGCCGCUGUCAUGGAGUUUCCGGCUCCUGCGCUGUGAAAACCUGCUGGAAAACUAUGUCCUCUUUUGAAAAGAUUGGGCAUUUUUUAAAGGAUAAAUAUGAAAACAGCAUCCAGAUUUCAGACAAAGCCAAGAGGAAAAUGCGCAGGAGAGAAAAAGGUCAGACGCAGACACCCAUCCAUAAAGACGACCUGCUGUACGUUCAUAAGUCUCCCAACUACUGUGUGGAGAACAAGAAACUGGGAAUUCCUGGGACACAGGGCAGAGAAUGCAACCGUACGUCAGGAGGUGCCGAUGGCUGCAACCUCCUCUGCUGUGGCCGGGGCUACAACACGCACGUGGUCAGGCACGUGGAGAGGUGUGAGUGUAAGUUCAUCUGGUGCUGCUACGUCCGCUGCCGGAGGUGUGAAAGUAUGACUGACGUCCACACGUGUAAGUAA